CCCCGCCAAGGCUCCUUCUGCUACUCUGCUUCGCCUCCGUGUCGCUGCCGGAUCGCUCGAACUUCACCAACACUUCGUGAAAAACUCCUGAAAAAGACCCUUUGCAAUGGCCGAGGCAGAAGCAACCACAGAGCUUACCACCACAGGAGCUGAGGCUGCGGUCCCACAGAGCAAGAAGCGCAGGGCCUCAGAAAAUGGUAUUGCUGUGCCUGAACUCAAGAAUGGGCUGUCUGAGAAAACCAAAAUCAUAGACGAGAGCUAUUUUGCGUCGUAUUCCGAUAUAGAGCUGCACCGAACCAUGAUAGAGGACACGGUGCGCACUAACGCUUACCAGCAGGCCAUUUUCCAAAAUAUGGAGGAGAAUAUUCGAGGCAAAGUUGUUGUAGAUGUUGGCUGCGGCACAGGGAUUUUAAGCAUGUUCUGUGCUCAGGCAGGGGCCAAAAAAGUCUAUGCCAUAGAUGCUUCAAAGAUUGCAGUGCAUGCAAAACAGUUGAUAGAAGCCAAUGGCUUUAAGGAUGUGAUUACAGUUCUCCAGGGUAAAGCAGAGGAAGUUGAACUGCCUGAGAAAGUGGAUGUCAUUGUGAGUGAAUGGAUGGGAUACAUGAUGCUGUAUGAGACCAUGUUGCCAUCUGUCCUCUAUGUCAGAGACAAGUGGUUAAAGCCUGGUGGCAAAAUGUACCCAGAGCGUGCCGUGCUGUACAUGGCCUUGGGCGAAGCGCAGUGGAUCACGACAUAUGAGGAAGGAACCUAUGACUUCUGGGUGUCCCUCAAUCAUGUGUACAAUUUGGAUAUGUCGCUCUUGGCAGAUCAUGCAGUUGCAAGAUACAAAGACGUUGUUCAUGUUCAUAUGGUGGCUCAAGAAGAUGUGCUCAGCUUCCCAACUCCUGUCUGUGACUUGGACCUAAACACUGUCAAGGCAGAAGAUCUCCGAAACAUUUCGCACUCUUUCAACCUGGCUAGCAUUGGCUCUGGGCGGCUGAACAGUAUGGUUAUGUGGUUUGACGUUUGGUUCCCUGGUGGAAUGAAACUCUCGACCUCGCCUGACAAUGAAGACACGCACUGGCAGAACACCGUGCUGCCGCUGGCCACAGUCCCCCUUGAGCAAGACAACCAGGUCAAGGGGGAACUCCACAUCACGCAGGAUCUUACCAACCAUCGCUUCCUGAACGUGGAUCUCAAGUACUCCGUGAACAGCGGUGAAGAGAUAACAAGAUGUUUCAAGAUGGAUGAUAACUGCAAUGACAAUGACUUCUGAGUUGGGUUCCUCCUCCUCACCAUCUCUAGUCCAUCAGGCAAACAAGAAACCAAGUUGGAGUGGGGAUUAGUCCCAGGUGGAGUUCAAGUGAAAAGCAGUCCAUAACAGACUAGCAGCCAACUAAUGAUUUAUUUUUAGAUCUCUCUUCCAAAGACUGCCUCACUACUUAAAAGUUCUGUGAUCCUUGCCUUUGUUGAUAAAAGCAAGCUUACUUCUGUGGAGGUCUUUCACUUUGGGUACAAGAAUUUUCCCACGAGGAAGAUUUGAAUCUCGGUAGAGGACCACGUUU